CCGUCCGUAGGGAUGUGGCUUACUGCAGGUCUCCUCGGUCAACGUCAAGCCAAGGUGCGAGGUCUAGGUGUCACCGCAGUACGCCCCUCGAUGGGCAAUAAUUCAUUUGAACGACCAUUCCUUUGGACGUCGACAGAUACCUCUAUGCCAUGUCGUUGUAUCGCUUUGCUCCCAAUACAGCAGACAAUUCUUCUGGACAAUUGUGGAUUGCUUCUAUUCUUUGCCUCAUAUACUGCACCUUGGUAUUGAUUGUUCGCCUACAUAUCAAAUGGAGAUUGUACGGAAUGGACGACGCUGCGAUCAGUUUAGCGACAAUUUUGCAACUGGGCGAAAAUAUACCGCUAUUCAUCGCCCUGAGGAAUGGCCUUGGUACUUCAGAACAACAGCUUGAUUCAUCACAGAUAGCAACCAUAGGAAAGGCUACUUUUGCAGGACAAUUGUUCUUUCUCCUUACACUUACAGCAUCAAAGCUCUCGAUCGCCGCGUUGAUGCUGCGUCUCUUCACUCGCGACAUUAUAGUGACCCGAAGAGCCCGAAUACUCUGCCACACGACGAUCGCCGUCACGUUACUCUGGGCAAUCAGCUCCAUCGUUGGCACAGCAGUAUCCUGCAGCCCGUCUGAUUUCGUCCGCGAUGGGACAACAAGUCACUGCUCCAGACGACUGCAUCAGUGGAAAGUCACAGCUGCCCUCGACAUCUUAACGGAGCUUUCUCUCGUGCUUCUGCCGAUACUGUUUGUGUGGCCAAUCCAGAUGAAACGCCACAUCAAGGUCCAGGUCGCUGUGGCUUUUGGGUUCAGAAUACCAUUAAUCGCCAUUGCAGCUGUGCAUCUACAUUACGUAUCGAGAUACAACAAUGAGUCCAAUAUGUCACAAGCCAUCGUUCCAGCACUUGUGCUGCAGCAGUGCGAAGUCCUGUGGUCACUCCUAUCCGCAACUAUUCCAACACUCAAAGCGUUCAUGCGGGCAUUCAAUUCCGGAUUCGGUAUGGAGAUGGAUGUAUACUCUCCUUAUGGCCAGAGAUACGGUCCUCAAGGGAGCAAGAUGUACAUUUUAGGGUCGGUUCAUGGUUCGGCAGAUCGUAACACGGCCACAACUCCCGAUGCAUGUAUAAACGAACACCAAGCGCGCCCCUCUUCUGUCGAAAUCAUACAAGGGGUAAAAAUACACAGCUUGGAUGAGGAGGCUUUUGAUUCAGAUGGGUCUGACAGGAGACCUAUGAGUAGCGUCAACAGCGACAGUAGUCAAGACAUGAUCAUCAAGCGGGAGACCACAUGGAGUGUCUCCUACGAAGAGAGCAGCCGACAGGAUUCGUGAGGCUCUCCUAUAUGUAUCUGAAAAUGAAACUAUAUUACAGCGACAAUACAAUCAUACGCCUCCUGGCCAAAGUGAGGUGCUCCGCACGCGAUCAUUUGACUUUA